AGCCGGAACAAAACGAUCAGUUGUUAGUUGUGCUCAGGGGACGCGGUCGGACGCCAAGCGUUGUCUGGAACCCCCUACAACUUUCUCAAGUGUGCAUCUUAACCAAGAGGGCGUGAGAGUCAAAUCUUAAGAAAACUGCAUACAACAGUAGCAGUAUUUGUUCCAGCUGGGAAUAGAAACGACGUUUUGUUCUGGAACGCUGAGAUCGCCGGGGCGAGCGGACAUAGCCAGGCGGUGUUGUCAGGAGCAACAUGCCGCGCAAGGCGCUGAAAUGUGUGGUGGAUCUGAGCGUACACGCCGUGACGUGUCCAGGUGUGUUCCUGAGAGAGCGAGAUGACGUUUACCUCAGCACCUGUAUCCUGGGCCGCUACAAGAGAACAAAACUCCUGCCUCCAGUCUUCCCUCUGCUGUAUCAUGAAAAGUUCAAAUUUGAAAGGACAUUCUUGAAUGUAGUGGACCCUGCACAAGUUGCAGACAUCCUAGAAGAUGACCAUGUGCUUUUUGAGCUGAUCCAACUCAACUACUCAGGUGGAAAAGUCCUCGCCCGGUUCCAGGCCCCAGCUAGGGACUUCCUGUACCCCUACCCCACCCUGACACCAGCCUACCCUGGUGCAGACAGGGAGGUCCUCAUGGACAGGGCCUGGGACUUUCCUGGAAUUUCACCCAAACUGGAGUUUUCUACAAAGACAACAAUUAAGGAAUGGAGUGUUCGUACAUCUGGGGUUAUCAGGGAGCUGUCUACAAGUGCUUCUGAGGAUGACCUCGCUGGAUCAAAGUCUUCACGUAGGAGAAAGAAGAAGAAACCAAAGGGAUACGAGGAACCCACCAUUUCUUCCCGCGCCCGCUCGCCCUCUCCAUACACCAAGAGGAGAACAUCCGGCCCGAACAACAGCAAAAUCGUAGAACCCAGACCGCCGUUUGUAGUGAGAAAUGUAGAGGACAAAAUCCUGGAGGGUGUGCCUGCGUCACCUCCACGAAGCCCCUCUCCUGGCAGGAGGCCUUCCUCAGCCCCUAUAAAUAGCUCCAGAAGAAGAAGUUCCCGGAGCCUGAGAAAGGUAGUGGAGCCUUUGGUCCAAGAACGCAUCAGUUCGCUGGAGGAUGAUACGGAUGACACAGCAGAACUCAUCAGUUCAGCCUACAGGAGCCCCAGGUCGACAUCACCAGCACGGCUGUCUCCACGGCGACUGUACUCAGCCCCGCCCACCUCUCCUCCACUAAGUCCAUCCUCCCUCAGGAGCUCCUUAAGAGACAGGUUUGGGAACCAGGAUUACUUUGAUGUGAUCCACGGGCGUGUACAGAAGCUGCUGAGUCAGAGUGAGCUGGAUAGACUGGAGCGCAGGCUUCAGGAUGACUUGGACCUUGCAGAACUUCGCAGGUCUUCUCUCAGUCCUCGCCCCCUGUCCCCUGGGAGAAGUGUUGUGGUACGACUGAGCGAUGACAGUUACUGGUCCCCCAAAGCCAGCAGCUGGUCCGACGUGUCUCACAGGCAGCUGUUUGACAACAGCAUGGCCAGGAUCUACAGCGGCCUGUACAGAUCUGCCAGGUCACCUCCAGAUUUGUGAAAUGCCUGUUUUGUUAUGCUUACGUGUAGUCUACAGUGUCUUUUAGCAACUCGUUUUUUUUAUACAAGGUAAGGUUUGGAUAUUUUGAAAAAAAAAAAAAAUCAGCAGAUGUACUUUCAGAAUUUCUGUGGAAAGACCUUUAUGUGCCACACUCAUUUCUAAGUUGAACGACGGGCAUUCCUUUGGAGGAAACUGUCAGGCCAAAGCAUUGUUUUUUGUUCCUUUCUUAAAGUUGGGAUAAUAUAGAUACAAAUGGUGUCAACGUCUUACUAAGGGCUGUGCGUAGUAGCCGUGUAGUUUAUAGUGCAGUCGAUAUUGUCCCUCACCAUUGUCUUUAUUUUAAAACCUCAGCUUGGCCAAAUCAAGCUGAGGGAGACAUAGUGUGGCAAACACAGCAUAUACUCUGCCAUUCUGAGAUUAUUUCAACUGUUAACGUUUUACGGGUAUGACUGCAACAAAGACAUUAUCAUUUCCAUGUUAGUGUUUUUUCUUGAGUUUUCUAUGUAAGAUAGUCUUGUCUUAGGGUGUCAGGAAACAGCUGAGCUUGCUCCAGCUGCCUAGCUUGGUAUAUGUUAGAUAUGACAGAUAGGUGGUGCUGUGUAAGUGUUUAAGGAGCCUACAAAAUGUUUGAAGAGUAUAUCACUGUGUGCCAACAGUUUGCCCAGGAUUAAACCUCAGGCUCAGGGCACCAAAGCCACAAGUUAUUUUUAUCCUGGAAAAGUUGCAUGUGAAAAGGUGACAAAAAUGUUUCUAUACAAACCAAAAUAUUCAAAAGUACUGUUAGUAGUACUUAUAGUUGGUAGGAAACAAAAGUACUUGUCCUUUGUUACAAUAAGAUUAUCUAAUAAGGUUUUAUUUUAUAUCUACUGUUGAUCAGAUGUUUAUGGCUUGUUUGCAGUGAAUGUGAUGAACUGAUUUUCUUUGGUACAAAGAAAUAAUUUUAUACGUCAGCACAGACAUAUGUCCAAAUGAACAUUGUGGAAACAUUUAACUUCUAUUACAUUCUAGUGUAGUGGGUGCCAUGAACAGUUUUGUAUCUUUUCAGCUUCUGUAUUGCAUUUACAUGUAGGUGUAGAAACAGAAUAUGUACUUUUCUACAUGGUGUUAACUAAUGAUGUGUACAAUGUGACUUUCCUCUGUGAGUCUGUGUUUUAGCAAUGUAGUUGAAGAUGAAAAAAAAAUUAUAGUUACUGUAGUAUUUGCCAAAUUGUUAUUGGAAAAUAUCAUAUCAUACACUUCAAGUCAAAUCUACAACAAACAGGAAUAAAACAAUUUUCACAAUUGC